AUGACGCGCAUCGAGUCGCGCCCCGCCAAGGGCCACAACAUGAACUACGGCUUCUUCAUCGACUUCGAGGGCAAGCGCGGCGACGCGGCGGUGGACGAGCUCAUGGCCGACCUCGAGCGGAACUGCCUGGACGUCGUGGUGCUGCACGACAAGAAGGUGCCGUGGUUCCCCCGCAAGAUCAAGGAGCUCGACCGCUCCGUGGCCAACAUCCUGGACGCCGGAACGGACCUGGAGUCGGACCACCCGGGCUUCAACGACCAAGUGUACCGCAAACGCCGCAACAUGUUCGCUGAGAUCUCCCAGAAGUACCGCCAGGGAGACCCGAUUCCUCGGCUUGACUACACGCAGGAUGAGAUCAAGACUUGGGGAGUCAUCUACAAGCGCAUGAAGGAGAUGUGGAAGCAGCACGCGUGCGACGAGUUCAACUACAUCAUCCCGCUGCUGGAGAGCAACUGCGGCUACGCCGAGGACAACAUCCCGCAGCAGCAGGAUAUCUCGAACUUCCUCAAGGAGUGCACGGGCUUCACUCUGCGCCCGGUGGGUGGUCUGCUGUCGUCGCGCGAUUUCCUGAACGGCCUGGCAUUCCGUGUGUUCUUCUCGACGCAGUACAUUCGCCACCACUCGAUGCCUCUGUACACCCCGGAGCCUGACAUUUGCCACGAGCUCAUGGGCCACGCGCCGAUGUUCGCGGACCCCGAUUUCGCUGACUUUUCGCACGAAGUUGGUCUGGCCUCGCUCGGUGCGUCGGAUGAAGAGAUCGAGCGACUAGCCACGUGCUACUGGUUUUCUGUUGAGUUUGGUCUCACGAAGCAGCGUGGUGAAUACAAGGCUUACGGUGCUGGAUUGCUUUCGAGCUUCGGCGAGAUGGAGUACGCCUGUGCUACCAACCGCCCUGCGGGUGCUGAUGUGCCGGAGUACCGUCCGUGGGACCCAUUUUCGGCUUGCAAGCAGAAAUACCCCAUCACGACCUACCAGCCCGUUUACUACGUGGCCGACAGCUUGUUUGACGCCAAGGAGAAGAUGCGCGCCUUCUGCGAGGACUUGAAGAAGCCUUUCCAGGCCCGCUACAACCCGUACUCCCAGUCCGUGACGAUUGACCGUGCGGUUCAGCGCGAGCAGAUCUGA